AUGUUGAGGACAUACCGGCACCCAUUGGGCUUCCAUUUGUCUGCAAGAGGCUUUUUGGGCCAGUGUACUACCAAGCCUGUUGGGCAAUUGAUUGUGCGCAACUCGUCCCUCUCCGCAAUACACCGUGGACUUCGACGCUCUGAAAGGGCCAGGCCCCAAGGUCCCCAACUCUCUCGAGCCGCACAGCAAAUCGUUGAAAAGCGUCGCGAAAGACGAGAGGCGCCACCGCCGACGUUUCGCCUCCUAAGGGGCAAGAAAGACAUCACCGAAAAGACCGGCCCGGAGACCAAGACGCGACGAGCUCGGUUCUACGACCCGGAAGAUGGAUUCGGCAAGAAAAGCCUCGUUUACCAAAUGAAGAGCGGCCAGCUGCAAGCACAACUGAAAGAACUCGGCGCGAAAAGAGAUUCUUCAAGUCGGGAUAGCAGCCUUGGCAGUCGUUCUGCAGGUCUUCGACGCCCAGAACGCAAUACGACGAGACGGCUCGGCUCAGCGAAGCGCGGGGACUGGGAAGAUGGCAAAUUGGAUGUGCAAAAGAGCGCCUACGGGAAGAUAGAGAGAAAUUCUCAAAGCAGCGACUUCCUGGACCGCUUCUCACGCUCCGACGACGACACGAGACGGCAAAUGCCACGACAGGACGGCAGAACAUAUGCAAGGAGGGAUCCACGAGCAGAUUCAGAGGGUCGGAGAACAAGAGCAGGAAGGGAGAAUCGUGGCGAUACCCCAAGCCGGCCCGUGAAGGACACACCUGCACCAGUCUCCAUCCCAUACACAACGGCUGCAUCGCAAUUUCUGUACGGAAAGUCGGUCGUGGAAGCUGCUCUGCAGACAUCUCGGCGCAAGCUUUACAAGUUAUACAUUUACAGUGGAGCAAAUCGUCAAAAUGUCCAACGCGACAUGGUCAUCGAGAAGCUCGCUCAGAGACAGGGAGUCCAGAUUGUCAAUAUCGAUGAGAGUGGGCAGCGGAUGAUGGAAAAGAUGAGCUUGGGUCGUCCGCACAAUGGGUACAUUCUCGAGGCAUCCCCGUUGCCGCAACAGCCCUUGGCCAGCCUUGGGGAGGCGGCCAAGGUGGGAGGCCGAUCCGGAUACAAGAUUGAGCUGGGACAUCAAUCAAGUGAAGAGGCUGCUGUGAAUGGUACCGCGGACUUCGUCCCUACGGCUUCCAGUACCCACAAGCCCCUUGUUCUCAUGCUCGAUCAGGUCCUGGACCCAGGCAACCUCGGUGCGAUACUCCGGACUGCCAGCUUUCUCGGCGUCAACGCGGUUGCGAUAUCGAAGAAGAGCUCUGCUUCGCUGACACCCGUGGCGUUGAAGGCUUCAGCAGGAGCCUGCGAGGCUUUGACCCUCUUUUCGAUCGAGGCGCCAGCGAACUUUCUGGCCCAGUCCAAGAAGGCGGGAUGGAAGAUUUACGCGGCCGUGCCUGCUGCAACGAGGUCGACGCGUAGAAAACAGGUCGACCUUGAGGAUGUGGAGACGUCAGACCCUCUGCAUGAAGAUCCCUGCGUUCUUGUUGUGGGCAGUGAAGGAGAAGGUCUACCCAGAGCGAUCAAAUCCCAGGCGGAUUACGAGGUCAAUAUCCCGAAUCAGUCAGGUUCCGGCGUCGUCGAUAGCCUGAAUGUCAGCGUAGCGACGGCACUGCUUUGCUCGUCGUUCUUGAAGCAGCAGACGAAGUCGCUAUUCAAGGAGCACAGGCAGGACGACCUAGGGAUCUGGAAACGAAAGCGACAGUUUGAUAUCCUAGACGGAAACAAGCGCGGAGCUAGGGAUGGAACAUCCCGCAUUCCUCGGGAUCCCCAUUUCUGGGACCCAAUGUACGGUUGA